AUGAAAGCCAUACUCACAAGCAAUGUGAGUCUUGAAGAAGGAGCAAUGAUGAUUACAAAGGAGUGUAGUGCCAUACUUCAGAAUCGCAUGCCAGAGAAGCUGAACGACCCAGGGAGUUUUGUUUUGUCUUGCAAGAUCGGUUCUACACACUUCCAUAGAGCACUUUGUGAUUUGGGUUCUAGUGUGAACCUAAUGCCUUACUCAGUGGCCAAGCUAUUGGGCAUCACUGACUUCAAACCUACAAAGAUCUCUCUAGUCUUUGCAGACAGAUCUGUUCGCCGCCCUGUUGGUGUUAUUAUGGAUGUUCCAAUCAUGGUUGGAGAUUGCUACAUCCUGCUGAUUUUGUAG